AUGCCAUCGCCCACUGGAAAAACUGGAUCGGUUCGUUCCGGUCUUCGUCGUCGAGUACAGACAUCGUCACAUCCUCCGAAUGACGACCGAACACAAGGAACCUGCUCGUAUUACCCAGCGGAUAUAGGAGGCUGUCGAGCACCUCGUACUUGUUACGACUGCCUCAACUCUGAGCUCAACAAGGAACCGGACGGCUGCAUGAUCAACGAGGUAGGACGAUGUGUCUCCAUUGUAGGCAACUACGACGUCUCGGUAGAUUUCCGAGUGGUGUCAUCUCCAAUGGAUAACAAGGAAUCUAGCAAUGGUAGAAGCUCUAGCAACAGUCAGAAAGCGACGCAACCACCGCGCAAUCUGAUAGAUAUCCACAUCGAGUUGGAAUUUCCAGCAGCAAACACAACGUACUGUGAGGCCAACGACGUUCUGUUGGAUGAAUACCAGCUCGCUAACGGAGGCUUCGUCUACGGGACUGAGCGCUGCGUGUUUGUCCAAGUAUGCGAAUUACCGAGCUGGAUAUACGUCGUCGGUGGCAGUGAUUGUUCCGGGUUGAGUACAGCAGAUCAUAGAAAUCCUAGCGAAAAUGAUCAUAAAGACGACAAAGGAGACAAUCUACAAGGAUACGCGGUGUUUUGGUGCGUUGCGAUCGCAAUCAUUCUCACGCUGGUGGCAACGUUGGCGAUGGUGAUCACAAUUCACCACCAUCACAGCAAAAGGAGAGUGGAGGAGUUGCAGCGGCGAAGAACAAUCGUUAUUGGAGAACCAAUCACCAGUUCAUCAAGCUCCAAGCCUCGACUUUUGAACUUGUUCGGGUGGGAAUCCAUGCGCGCUGAUCUCAUCGAGAAAGAGCGCCAUGAAAUGCAACAGCGAAUCUGUAUACAACAGUGCCCAGUCAUCGAGAAUAGUCUUCCAAUUCUUUCCCCGUCGGCGAAUUAUCUCCAACUCGAAGGCGCUGAACCUUCAGCGCCCGUAAUGUCGCCCAUCAACUCGUCUGCUCCACGUCUUACAGACUGA